AUGGCACCGGAUAAACUCAAAAUUCGGAUACAGAGUCUUUUCCAGGUUCCCGUUUCACAGCCUCGCUCAUCAAGCCAGCUGCUCGUGCACUUGAUAGGACGACCCGAAAAAGGUACUAGCAUUGCGUCACCGAAGUCCAACAACAUCGACCACGAAACAAAUCAAUAUCCAAUCCGUGACCUGGGAAAGAUUGCAAAAGAUCUCCUGCUGACCUUGGCAUCUCCAUCAAAGCAUCAUUCUUCAUCUAAAUCCAUAAUUGAAAGGUCGAAAAAUAGCAAAGCAUUGUCCUCCAAAGAUAUGGCGCCUUGUUUUGAACUUCCCAAGCUCAAGCCCGUCAACAUCUCUCUCACCGAUGGCACAGAUAUUCCACCACCACCUGAUUCACCCGUUCAAGAAACACCACCUGUGUCUGAUCAGCCUCCAAAACGUUCUGAAUCUAAAGCUAUCUUGCGAUGUGAUCAUCGGGCAACUAACCGCCAUCAUGAUCAAGACACUGAUGGGGACUCUAGCUAUCAAGCAUCACACAUUGUAACUUCUCCUAAACACCCAAGUAGCAUUCGAAAGUUUAUCUCACGCCGGUCCUUAAAUGCCAACUAUGCUAACGACUCAUCUGACUCUUUAACUCGUCCCGAUAGUUCGACCAGCUAUAUGAGCGGAAAUACAACAUUUUCCAAUAGUAAAAGAAGGACAUUGACUUGGUUUGGAAGAUUUGGAAACAGUGGAUCUACAAUCAGAAAGUCUACAAAUUUGAUGGUCCCAGAGGCCCUCCCCAUAAAGCCUCCGCCACCACCUCCACCUAUGCUACCAAAACUAAGUCACUUUACAAUGAGCAUUUCGGAUAAUAGUCUAGACGGCGCAGAGAUGUUCAAAAAUAUAAAAUAG